AUGGCCUAUAAUCUCGCGUAUAUGGAAUUUCAACAGUCUACUUAUUACUUAUCUACUUAUCAUUGGUUAAAACGUGUUAAAUAUUAUCAUCAACCAUGCCAACAAUAUCAUGAUCUAAAAUGUUUUCAUGAUGAACAACAAAUGUGUUUAUGUGCUGAGGAUCAUCGAGCAGAUUGUUUUGAGUUUGAUCAUAAUAUGACGUAUAAUUGUGAUGGACAUAAUUACUGUGAAAAUGGUGCAAAGUAA